GCAGAAAGGAAGCAAAUACAGGAAGAAGGGAUCGAAGGCAGCUAAAUCUUCCCAAUGAAUCACUAACACGAUUUUUAAAAGAUUAAUUUUGAGAAUUAUAAAGAAUAUAAGGUAUUUAAGUGAAAGCGAAAGGUUACAAAUUCGAGUUAGCUUCCGUGUGGUAGUUAUAUAAGAAACGUAAGAAAUGGCAGAGGCAUUCAGUCUUCAGAAAGUAUUAGAAACAUUCAGAUCAUGUCUAAGUGAGAAAAAGGAGAUUUACAUGAAAUAUUAUCUAGCAGGAUGGCAAGAGCUGGUCAGCUUCAUGAAUACCCUGGGGAAUGUGUUUUCCUUCAUCUCCAAGGAUGUGGUCAGCAAGGUUCAGAUCCUAGAGAACUUACUUACGGGUGAAAAUGGAUCCCACUAUGUAACCGUCCAGUCCAUGGUGAAGUAUGAACUGGAAAACAACCUUGUGGACAUCACCAAAAGAGGAAACCACACAGAAUCAGGUUGCCGUACUCUUUUGAGACUACACAGGGCUCUACGCUGGCUGGAGCUUUUUCUCGACAGUCUACGAACCAAAGAGGACAACAAAACCUCUGUCAUGUGCUCUGAUGCCUAUAAUGAGUCUCUGGCUCAGCACCACCCCUGGCUGAUCCGCAAAGCUGUCGGCGUGGCAUUCUGUGCUCUUCCAGGGCGUGACACAUUCUUUCAAGUGAUGAAUGCAGGUGAUCAUAAGCAGGUGGUAGCUCUGUUAGGAGAAUCACUACCCCUUAUCUCUGAAGUAUACCAGAUCACAGAAGACUUGUUUGCCAAAAACAACCUCCUGGAGUUACCAUAGAAGCAUGACAAAUGCAGUUACUCUUUACUUGGGUAAUCGAUACAUGUCCUUAUGGCACAUACUCACUUUACUACAAAUAUACAUGUGUGUGGCUGUCUUUCUGUUUUAAAAUGUUGAUUUGAUUUACUUAAGGAGAUUUAAUGGACCAAUACAAAAGGCAGACGAAUCCAUCCGUUUUAAGGAUUAUGAAAAUUCUUGAAAACAAAAGGUUCUGUCUUCUUUGUGUACCAACUACAGUUUUCUUUUGUUGGUCAAGUGGGCAUUAAAAUCACUGUAUUUUAAUAUAUUUAAAAAUCUAAAGAACAAUUUUUUUUAUUCAAAGGGGAAGAAUGUAUAUGAUGUGUGUUUAAUGUACAUUACUUAGGGCAGUAUAUAUUUGAAUUCCAAAUAUGUAAUGAACAAGUUUUCUUUGUUACAUAUUUUGCUGUUAAUACCUUUAUUUCUAUAUUAUUGUACUUGGCUGCAAAAGGGAAACUCCUGAUAUGUAAAGCUUUAAAGUAACAACGUAAUAAAAUAUAAUGUUCUGGGAAA